AUGGUCAAUUUCAUCACCUUCGCCAUUGCCUCCGCAAUUCUCUUUCCAACUCUUGCAACCGCCGCAGCUUGUACGGACGGCCUGACCUACUGUGGCUACAACCUGUUGAGGCGAGGUGACUACAAGGCCGAGAUCAUCGCGGAGCUUGAGAGAGUUGGAGACCACCUCAACGACCCUACCGAAGAGUACGACAUCUACCAUGGUCUUUUCAAGUGCGGCGAAGGUGGUCACGGGUGGAUUCGAUAUGUCAGCCAUUGUGACAGGUUCUGCAACGAUGGCGGCGCGGGUAAAGACGACUACUGUUAG